GAACUGGUCAGAAGAGGCAGAUGGAAAACGAAACGAGGAACAGGAGAAGAGCUGGUCAGAAGAGGAAGAUGGAAAACGAAACGAUGAACAGGAGAAGAGCUGGUCAGAAGAGGCAGAGACGCAGAUCUCCAACCCCGCCCCGACGGAACAUUGUGGGCUGCAAAAUUUCCCAUGAGUGGAAGGAAGGAAAUGAGUCCAUCACACACUGGAAGGGCACUGUGGUGGAGCAGGUGCCUGUAAACCCCUCUCUCUACCUGGUGAAAUAUGAUGGAGUGGAUUGUGUCUAUGGACUAGAACUUUAUAAGGACAAGAGGGUACGGUCUCUUAAAAUUCUUUCAAACAACGUUGCAUCAUCCCAAGCCACUGACCCUAGCUUUGCUGAUACCAUCAUUGGCAAAGCUGUGGAACAUGUGUUCGAGGGUGAGGAUGGCUCUAAGGAUGAAUGGAAGGGAAUCGUUCUCGGUCAAGCUCCUGUCUUGGAUGCUAACUUUUAUGUGACCUAUGAGAACGACCCAGUGCUUUACAUGUACCAGCUGUUGCAAGAUUACAGAGAGGGGGACCUUCGUAUCUUGGAAGGCUUUGAUGAGCCCCCUCCUCUAGAUCUCCCUGUUCACGUUUUGAGUUUCCUAGUAGGUACAUGUGCGGAAUACACAACAGAUGAUGGCACCAAGAGGGUUGGGAUGAUAAUCCGCCAGGUUGAAGGCAAGCCCUCUGUCUUCUUAGUUAAGUUUCCUGAUGAUGUGCACAUCUAUGUCUGUUCCUUGGUGAAAAUCCGCUAAGCCUUUGAAAU